AAUGAGAACUCAAAAAAUUAGACAUCGAUUCGAAUGUAAUCUAAGAUUUUUACUGACUUGGCUGGUACUCUCUGCAAUAGCAUGCAUAAUCUACGUAUUUGUAGUAUUUGGAUCACUUCUCAACAAAACUGUACUUCCAAGUAAUAAUGUUCCAAGCACAAUUCCUUAUAUCACAGUUCCAUCGGAAUACAACGUUUUCCUACAGUUUAAUUCAACUCCUGAGGCAGUUGUCAGAGAGUACACCGGAAGUUUACAAAUGGAUUUUGUCGCUCGAGAUAUUACCCAACAGCUAUUUUUUCACAGAUCUGACAAAGUGAAAAUUAAUAGCAUUUCGUUGGAAGAUGCAAAUGGAACAAUGACUGCUCCCACUGCAGGAGCCUAUGAUAAAUCUACAGGAGUACAAGCCUACAUCCCACUUGCAAAUUUGACUUCUCAAGAAAGCUACGUCCUCCGGAUUGAUUUCCAAGGUGAACUGGAUUCUGAAACUGGAAGUCCCCGGAAUUUGCAAUACUCCCUGCCAAAUGGAACCAUCAGAUACUCGAUAGUGUUUGGGAACUCGGUGACCUCUUCUUCAGGUCUUCGAUAUUUGAUGCCUUGUCUCGAUUCGCCCGACUUUCCGGCAGUUUUCAAUUUCAAUAUUCGUCAUUCGCCAAGGUAUCGCGUUAUUUCCAAUUUUGCUGGACAGAUUCAACAAUCAAUUUUAUACACAGCGACAUUGUUUGCGGGAUCAUUUCAACUCGAUUCAUCACAAGUGGUAUUGGCGUUAAUUGACACGGAGCUGGCUCCAGUAACUGUACAGCAAAAUGGACUUACGAUUAACAAGUACUACCGCCAAUCAAUUGUUGACAAUAUUUCUACCGACCGAAUAAUUCAGUUCAUGGCUACAAGGUCUCAACAAAUAGGAAAAAUUGAUGUGCUAGCUCUACCGGACUUGACAGCAACACAGCAACCUGGAAUAACAUUUUACAAUGAAAAUGACGUUUUGAGAGAGAAUGUAGACCUGGGAUCUCUUGGCUCAAUUUAGAACUAGAACUAAGGUUGCAUUAGAUUUUAAUGAAUUUAUUUAUUUUUU